AUGAAUAGCACGGUUUCUGCAAUAUGAAGACGUCUGUCGGAGGGACAUGUUCUUCCACCGCUGAAACUGAGGAGUUCAGGAUUGUUCAGUGGCACUGACGUGAGUUUCUGAGGCUCUGAGACAGGACAGCAAACCACACAGGCAACUGGCAUUCAUAUGUGACGUUGACUGCUGGCUGAACAGGCGCUGAGAGGGCUCCUGGCACUCUAAGCCAUAUUUUACGGUAAGCCGUUGUUGUAUUUACAACAAUGCAGCCCGCUGAGGUGACAUCUUUCAGCAUUCGUCUGCGAAAAGAGACAGAGCAUGCGGAAUGAAGGGUCAGAGGCUGAGCAGAGGACUCAUGGGCUACUUCUGAAGAGUCUGCAAAGGGUAAUUAAGAAGAGUAAAUCUAUUGUCAGUCGACUUCAAUUUGCUAUAUAAGGAUGACUGCAGAUCUAUUGGAAAAUGCUUAAGACUCUUCAAAUUGAUAUAAGUACAUCAUCAGCUGUCAGUGUGGCAGGUGGCAGUCAGCCUGGAAUAUACAGCUGCAGGGAUGAACAGAAGAACUUUGUGAGAGCAAGUGAACAGGAAGAAAGUAGGGCCACUAGGAAAGGACACAAAAAAGAGGACAGCAGGACUUUCUGGAAAAUGUUAGAAGUGGACUUGGAGCUCUCAGAUCUCCUAUGCUUACCAAAGGACAUUUGAGAGAAGAGUGCUCUACGGUGAAGCUGGGCUGUUGCUCAUGAUCUUAAUUCUGAAAACUGAAUUCUGAAACUUCCUGCCUAGCAAAAAGAGAAAGGAGCUGCAGGAUCCAUGUAGCGAGGUGUCAAGGAGACGGGUGCAAGAUCAACCCCUCAGAGAGCCAAGCUUCAGGCAGCAACACAAUAGCUCCCUAUGGAUGUGCACAUCAAGACUGGUGCUCAGCCAAGAGGUGGGCAGCAGAGGCAUGUGGGAUGUCCAACACCCACCUGCCCGCUCCCCUGCGGCCAUCGGGUAGGCCAGGCUUUGUGCUCUGUGCUGGGGCAACACUGCAUCUGACAGAGAUGUUCCCUUUUUCCAGCAUACAGGAUGAAACAGGGAGACUGUUGGAUUUCCUUCCUUUAGAGGAGGGUGGGAAGGAGCUAAUAUUCCCUUGCCGGGAUAAACUCGUUCUUGUCUUUCUUCACCUCAUGGCACUGUGGGCGGAUGAAUGCGGGAGCCUCCCCCCUCAGGCGUUAGCGCUGGAGGAGGGACGAGUAGAACUCGGGCGCAGGGCAGACACCCCCUCCGGUAAAGUGCAUCGCCCCUUGGCACUGCUCGCUGGCUGCCCCGGGGCCUUUCCCGGCCCUCCCUCCGGCAGCCCCCACGCUCCCGCCUCCCCGCCAGCCCUCUCCCCUCAGGCGGGGCCGCGGGCGCCGCGCGGGCCCUCACCCCCAGCCGCCCCCGCCCCUCGGGCGCCGUCCUCCGCCCGCCGAGGGGCAGGCCCGGCGGCAGCCGGCUGCCCCAGCCCUCCCGGGGCCUCUCCCCCCGGCCCUGAGGCGCCUCUGCCGCGUUUCGACCCCCGGCCCCGAAGCGCCUGCACCGCCCGCCUUCGCCGCCGCCGGGCGCGGGCAGGACCCCGGCCGCAUCCCCCUCACACCCCCGCCCUCCCGGCUCCCCGCCCUUCCCCCGCCCGCAGACAGGCGGACGCACGGCGCUCACACCCGCGCUCACACACACACCGAGGCGAUGCAGCUUUAAAGGGGCCAGCUGCAGCCCGGGGGCCGGCCCACGUGAGGCCGCUCAGCUCCCUCCGACCGCAGCCCCGAGCGCUGCCGCCGCGGCCGGGAGACGCCAGCGCCGGGGCUGGACGAGCGGGCCGGGUCGAGCCGAGCGGCUGCCAGCCCGCCUCACGACAAGUUUGA